AUGGGCAGACGCACAUGCUAUCUUUGCCAUUUGACUCGUGAAGAGAGCUUUAUGCGAUGGUGUUCCACGCUUAUCAAACAGGUCGCAGUUCUGGUUUGUGGAUUGAUGUUACUUGGCGGCUCUUUCGUGGAAUUAAAAGCUGCCUACGAUGCUAUUAAACAAGGAAGAAAGAUAAGAAUCUGUGAAAUACACUUUAUCGAAGCCGGUCAGCGUUUAACGGCUGAGUUAACGUCGUUCGGAAUGAUUUUGAUGCGCUUAGAAGAUGGACGUACCUACGUACAUAGUAGCGAUGUUCAUCCACAGAUCGUUACGAAUCUACAAGAUAUUCUGUGUGAUUUCGAUGACAGUUUUCUCUUCACUGAAGCUGAUAUACAAACUUUUGUGAACGACUGUCUGUUUCGCUACUAUAAUGGAGAAGAGUGGAGAGGUCCAGACUUGAGGUUUCCGAAGAGAGUCCAGCAUAAGGAAUUAGAAGGAGUCAAAGAGGCAGCAGAUCCUAGCGGAUUUCAAAUUGUUCCACCAGGGACACCUCCCUCUACACUUAAAGAACCAAAACCUGAGUUAAGAAGUGCGGAGAAGCAACAGUCGCCCUCAAAUUCUUCAUAUAUCCGUUUCCUUCCUUCAGGCACUAUCACGGUCGGUUCCCCGAACAACGAGGACACGUCUGGUUCCUCAUCCGAUCCUUUUUGGGAUGUCCACGAGCUGGCUUCGCAGGACAACAACCUACUGAAGAAAUACUUCAUAGUGAAGGGUGAGCAGCUACUUCAACUCUUUCAGUUUUGUCCACAAUGCGGCUCGAAGAUUCCCAAAGGAAACACUGUAAGACUUCUCCAACAUGGAACCGCACCUGUUGUGGAGUUCCUUUGCAAAGAAUGCUCUUUGCAAGGAGAACCGGUGAAGCGUUGGGAAGGACAAUGCUGA